AUGAUCUCCUGGCUCAAGCUCCUCUUCCUCGUGGCCGUUGUGGCUGCCUCAGAGAGGUACUACAAUGAGACCUUGAGCUUGAAGCCGUUGCCGAACAACAAUUUGUUGGCAUCGUUCCAGUUCCACAUCGAAUCGCAGCCAAUUGAUCUCGAGUACUACGACGACCACAACAAGACUGGGACAGCCAAGCACUACUCGUACUUCCCCAGAUCGUUGGGACCUAUUUUAGAGGCCACCAACACCCGCGAGUUGCACUUGCGGUUCACCCAGGGGUGGUGGGACUCCGGAUCGUGGGGCCUGCUUCCCCAACAGGGCCUCCAGAGUGGCGGUACUGGCGUGGAGAUGUGGGCGGUAGUCGAGGCUCCCGAUAGCCACACCGCCAAGCAGAACUGGUUUAAGUUGUCCAAGACGCUUUCGGGGUUCUUCUGUGCCUCGUUGAACUUCAUUGACGACUCCAUCACUGCCUUCCCACGCUACGCAGCAUCCCAUCCUAAGGGAGUGGUGCUGAACCCCAGCAACCACGUUUACUUGAUCAGAGCGUCGUUGCCCAGUGAGCCAAUCUGCACUGAAAACCUCACUCCGUUUUUGAAGUUGUUGCCCACCCGAGGCAAGGCUGGUAUUUCCUCGUUGUUGGAUGGCCACAAGGUGUUCGACUCGUUGUGGCACGGCAUGUCUAUCGAUAUUACCACCGAGUGCGUGUCGGCCCAGUGCCACUACCAGAUGGAGCAGUCGGUCAAUGCCAUCGUGGACAUCACCAGAUCCAUCAGAAAGAAGCAAGAAGGAGGCCUUCCCAAGCCCACUCCCGGCGACAAAUUGCGUUGUGACGAUUCCAAGACCUUCAACAUCUGGCAAUGCUUCCCGCUUGACGAGCCUACCAACGUCACCUGGAGCUUGGACACCAUCUACGGCAGAAAGCUCAAGGGCCCAGCAUUUAUUGACGAUCCAGAAUCCACGGCCAUCAAGAUCGACAUUGACUCCAACCACUGGGAUGUUGACAUGAAGUUGGACAAGGAUGAUGCCCUCCUUUCCUGGAGGGUGUCGGGGUACGAGAAGGACCAAAUCACAGAGUACAUCAAGGAGGAAGGUGACCAUGACAUCGAAUUCAUCACCGACGACAGCACUUUCACAGCUCCAGUGGAACAACCCCCAUUGUAUGCAUCCCGUUCUCUUACCGGUUAUUCCUUGGAUAAGGGCGGUUUCCGUACCGUUCUCACUAACCCCUCUGAGUCCGAAAGUGUCGAAUUCAUCUACUUCGAAACAUUGCCAUGGUUCAUGAGAUUAUACCUCAAUACCUUGACCAUGAAAGUUCAGAACUCCACAGGCACCUAUGAAGUGGAAGAUGAGUCUGUGUACGUCAAGAACAGAUACUUCCAGCCCGCUAUAGAUAGAAAAAGACCUUCUCAUUUGGAAUUUGUCAUGACCAUUCCUCCCCAGCUGACUUUGUUUUUUACAUACCAGUUCGACAAGUCUUUGUUGUUGUACCAUGAAUACCCACCAGAUGCUAACCAUGGAUUUGCAGUUGAACCUGCCAUCAUAACCGUGUUGGACAAAUCUAACCACGGGGUAUAUGAGGUCCGUACCACCAGUGUUUUGUUGACACUUCCUACACCAGAUUUCUCGAUGCCAUAUAAUGUCAUUAUUUUAACAUGUACAGUUAUGUCGUUGGCUUUUGGAUGCAUUUUCAAUUUGUUGACCAAGAAAGUCAUUACCGAAAAUGAGCUCGAAAAGCUUUCUGAGCAAAGCAAACUUGCUAAAAUUGUUUCUGGUCUUAGAGCAAAAGUGCAAAGACUCAAGUCUUUAGUCAGAAGAUAACGCUAGAUUGUGUAAUAUAGUUUAAAUAAAUAGUGACCAGCUCAGGCGGAGACAAUUGAUCAAGAGAUUUUGGUGCAUAUCCACAGCUGACGUAGGUUUUGGCUUAUUUUUAUUUCAUUGAUGAAUUAAUGGCAGAAGGGCUUGUCACUUUUUGCGUAGGAUGAAUAGUAAGAAUAAAAGAGUAUAGAAUAAAUUAUUCAAAACGGC